AUGCUUAGGAUGAAGACGGCUCUGCUACUCCUCCUUGCCGUGGCUGUGGCCACUAGCCCAGCCUGGGCGCUCCAAUGUUAUGUGUGCAGCAGCAGCACCAACUGUAUGAAGCCUCAGACCUGCCCAGCAAGCUCCCAGUUUUGUAAAACUGCCACCACAGUGAACACUCUGUCUGGGAACCUGGUGAAGAAAGAAUGUGCAGACUCGUGCGUUUCCAACCACAGCCAGCAGGGCCAGAUCAGCAGCGGUUCCUGGGCCGUACAUUGCUGCCAGGGCGACCUGUGCAACGGGAAGCUGUACAGCGCUGCAUCUGUACGUGCCCCGUUUAGCAGCGCCACCCUGGGCCUGGCAAUGAGCCUGGGCCUCCUCGUUCUUAUGGCUCUCAGCCUGUAACGUGCCGCUUGGCAUUGUCCCUGUCCCUCCUUUUCUGCUUCCCCGGGUUCCCAUGCCUUGCUUCCUCCUUGGCCAUGAUGGAGGAGCCAGAUGCUAAGGCUGGGGACUGCCCUUAAAGGCUGGGUGGAGCCUGGGUCCUGGAGGGCACCAAGAGCUGAUGACCUAACACGGUGCCUGCCCCAGAACAGGAAGAUUUGCCCUGCUCCCCAGCAUGGGAGAUGGGGGACAGACAUGACACCAUCCCCUCUGAUUUUGUACUCGUGCCAUUUAUUUUUCUACUUGAACUUCUACAUGGAAA